AUGAUUAAUUUUUUUUUAUCAUUAUUAUUGUUUGUUCUAUUUUUUGAAAAUCUUGUAGUGUCUAUAAAAUAUAGAAAUAUUCAUUAUAUACACAUGCCUAACAAUGCUCAUAAUAAAAACUUUAAUGAAAAAGAAAACAGAGAAAUAUAUCAUAAUGUAAAUAUAUCAGGAGGUAAUACAAUAUAUGACGAACCUAAAAAUAAGUAUAUUACUUUGUUUUUAUCUAAUGGAAAAAAAAUCCUACAUUCCAUUUUUCGAAAUAAUAAUAAUAAUAAUAUAACCAUAUGUAAUGAAAAUACGGGGAAAAAUUCAAACAUCAACUUGAAAAAUAAUUCUGAGAACAAUACUAAGAACAAUUCUAAGAAUUAUUCUAGGGGUUCUUCAUCGUGCUUAAAUAUACAGAAUGUAUCCAAUACAUAUUAUGAUAAGAGAAGAAUUAAAAAGGAUAUUAUGAAUAAGAAGGUUGAGGAAAAUUUGAUACAUGAUGAAAAUAAUAUUAUUAAUAAUAAUAUAUGUUGUGAUGAAAAACAAGAUUUGAAUAAAGAAAUUCAUGUAGAUGAACAAAAUGAAAAGAAAUCAAACAGUACUUUAAAUAAUGAAAGUUUUAUAAGUAUAUUAUCGAAUGAUAAUUCUGAAAAAAAAAAAGAUAUUGAAGAAAAUAAUAAUUAUUCUAAUAAUUUUUAUCUGAAUUCUUUAGAGGAAAACAUAAUAUAUCCUACCCAACAUGUUGACUGUGAUUAUAAUGGAAAAUGGAAAAGUCAUGUAGAUGAUAUUUUAGAGAAUGAUUCCUACUAUAGUAAUAUGAAUGAUAAUAGUAAUAAAUCUUGUAUAAGCGAUUAUGAGUUAUUAAAAACGUCAAUUUUAUUGAAUACAAAGGAUGAUUUUCCUCUAUAUGAAAAUUCAAGUAAAAAUAUAUUAACUACAAGUGGUAAAAUAAACAAGAAUAAAAACUUAAAAGAAAGAAAAAAGAAGAAUUUAAAUAGAUUAUUUUACACUUUAAAGUUAACAAAUAAUUUUUCAUUUAAAAAUAGUAAGAAUAGAAGAAAAUACGCAAAUAGUUAUAAUAGUGUUUCCUCUACACAUUCUCGUUAUAUCAUGGAUAAUAAAGAAUAUAUAAUUUACCAUAAUAAUAAUAAUAAUAAUAAUAAUAAUAAUUACAAUAGUUAUAGUAAUAAUAGUAAUAAUAUGUAUAUUCAAGGUAAUAAGAAAAAGUAUAAUAGACUAUAUUGUAAAAAAAGUGAGAAUUCUCAAGAAAAGGAUUAUGAUAAGGAUAUUAAUUUAAUUGCUUCAGAUAAAAUUAAUAGUGAAUUGUCACAAAGUGAUUUAAAAUAUAAUUCACAGAUAAUUAAUAUGCCUAAUGACCAUUUUAAUAUUAUUACUUCUGAUGAAAAAGAAAAUAUAAAAAAAAAUGCAUAUAAAAAUUAUGUUAAUUAUAUAAAUGAAAGAAGAUAUGGUUAUUUUGAUUUAUUAGAAAAAAAGAAUGAAAAAAUUAUACGCAAAUUAUUAAUAGCUAAUAAUGGCAUGGCAGCCUUAAAAUGUAUAUUAUCCUUAAAAGAUUGGUUAUUUAAAAAAUUUAAUGAUGAGAAUUUAAUUAAAAUUAUAGUUAUGGCAACUGACGAAGAUAUUAAAAGUAAUGCAAAAUAUAUAUCAUUAGCAGAUAAAGUAAUAAAAGUUCCAGGAGGUAAAAAUAUCCAUAAUUAUGCAAAUGUUCCUUUAAUUGUUGAGCUAGCCAAAAGUGAGAAUGUUGAUGCAGUAUGGCCAGGAUGGGGACAUAGUUCAGAAAAUCCGUUAUUGUCUACUUUGUUAGAAAAAGAAAAUAUAAUAUUUAUAGGUCCAACCGGUAAUGUUAUGGAAGCUUUAGGAGAUAAAAUAUCUGCGAAUAUAUUAGCUCAAAGUGUUGAAGUACCUGUGGUAAAAUGGAGUGGAGAUAAUAUAAGAAUUGAUAAGUUUGAGAACAAUAAAAUAAAUGACGAACUAUAUAGUAAUGCUACAAUUCAUUCAUUAGAUGAUUGUAUAAAAGAAUGUAAGCGUAUAGGUUUUCCUGUUAUGAUAAAAGCAUCACAAGGUGGUGGUGGGAAAGGUAUUCGAAAAGUGGAGAAUGAAUAUGAAAUAAAAAAAGCAUAUGAACAAGUACAAAAUGAAUUACCUAAUUCUCCGAUAUUUUUGAUGAAGGUUUGUAAUAAUGUAAGACAUAUUGAAAUACAAGUUGUUGGUGAUAUGUAUGGAAAUGUGUGUUCUUUAAGUGGUCGUGAUUGUACUACACAAAGAAGAUUUCAAAAAAUUUUUGAAGAAGGACCACCAUCUGUUGUACCAUAUCCUAUAUUUAGAGAAAUGGAAAAAUCAUCUAUACGAUUAACUAAAAUGAUUAAAUAUAGAGGUGCUGGAACUAUUGAAUAUUUGUAUGAUCAAAUAAAUAAAAAAUAUUUUUUCUUAGAAUUAAAUCCAAGAUUACAAGUAGAACAUCCAGUUUCUGAAGGUAUAACCAAUUGUAAUUUAAUAUCUAUCCAAUUACAAGUCGCUAUGGGAAUUCCCCUUCAAAAUAUAGAUGAUAUUCGAAAUUUAUAUCAAAUUGAUAAAAUAGAAAAAAUAAAAAAAGAUGAACAAAAAAAAGAAUUCGAAUUAAAUGAUAAUUUAUGUAAUGAUAAUAUAUAUAAAGAUAAUAUAAGUAAUGAUAAUAUAUGUAAAGAUAAUAUAAGUAAUGAUAAUAUAUAUAAAGAUAAUAUAAGUAAUGAUAAUAUAUAUAAAGAUAAUAUAAGUAAUGAUAAUAUAUAUAAAGAUAAUAUAAGUAAUGAUAAUAUAUAUAAAGAUAAUAUAAGUAAUGAUAAUAUAUAUAAAGAUAAUAUAAGUAAUGAUAAUAUAUAUAAAGAUAAUAUAAGUAAUGAUAAUAUAUAUCAUACAGAUAAGACAACAAAUGAAAAAAAUAAUAAGAACUUGUUACAUUAUAAUAAUUAUAGAAAUCAAAAUUUAUGUAAUAAUAAUUGGAUCAAAUGCUUAUUAAAUUAUGAUACAAAUGAAAAUGUUAAUAGAAAGAAUAAUUUAUUGAAAGAACACUUUGAUUUUUAUAAUAAUAAACCAUAUAUUAAAAAUCAUGUUAUUGCUGCAAGGAUUACAGCAGAAAAUAGUAACGAUAGCUUUAAGCCUACGUCAGGUAAUGUAAGAAGAAUAAAUUUUCAAAACUGGAAAGAUGUGUGGGGAUAUUUUUCUAUUAAUGAUGGUUUUGUACAUGAGUUUUCAGAUUCUCAAAUCGGACAUAUUUUUGCUAAAGGAGAAACAAGAGAAGUAGCAAGAAAAAAUUUAAUUUUAGCAUUAAGAAAGUUACAUAUUGAUGGUGAUAUAAAAACUGGUACAAAAUAUUUAGCAAAGAUUUUAGAAUCUAAAGCAUUUAUUGACAAUAAUAUUACAACAAAUUGGCUAGAUAUAAUAAUAGAAAAGAAAAAACAUGUAUUUUAUAAUACAUGUCAUAUAAUAUUAUUAUGUGCUACCAUAUUUAAACUAUUAGUAUAUUUUAUGAAUGAGAAGGAAAAAGUGGAAGAAAAUUUGGCUAGAGAUGAUAUAGCUAUAAAAAGAGAUAAAAAUUAUGGAAAUCUAAUAAAUAAAAAUAAUAACCAUAAUGGUAAUAUAAAGAAUAAUGCAGAACCUAUGUGUAAAAUGAAAAGUGCAUAUAUAUUUGAUAUGGUAUUUCAAAAUAUAAAAUAUUCUUUUAAAGGAUAUAAUACAGGGGAAAAUUUAUACAAAUUAGAGAUAAAUGGACAAGAAAUAGAAAUAUCUGCUGAAUAUGAUAAAAAUAAUAAUAAAGUAUUUUCUACAUUUAAUAAUCAAACUUAUAUAUAUGCAUGUUCUGAAGAUACCUUAGGUAUACAUAUGCAGCUAGAGAAAGAUAAUAUUUUCAUACCUAACGUUAGGAAUCCAUAUCAUUUAAUAUCUAAUACUAAUGGGAAAAUUGUUAAGUAUUUAAUAAAUGAUGGAGAAGAAGUUAAAAAAAAUGACGAUUAUAUUGAAGUGGAAGCUAUGAAAAUGAUUAUGACAUUUAAAUCAACUGAGAGUGGAAUAUUAAGACAUAAAUUGUCUGAAGGUACAAUUAUUAAAAUAGGAGAUUUAUUAGGAAUAAUAGAAAAAAAAGAUAAUGAUAAAAAACAUAUAAAACAAGAUAAUGAAAUUCAAUAUUUUAAUGGUCAUUUAGAUUUGUCAAAUAAAUAUACAUAUGAAUUGAUAGAUAAUCGUAGAAUAUUUCCAAAUAUUUUGGAUGAUAAUUAUAAUAAAUCUUGUAAUAAUUCGUAUGCCUUUACAGAUAAUAUGUCUUUACAAAACUCUGAAGAACAUUAUUUCGUAAAAGAUGAAAAAAAAAAAAAAAAAAAAAAUAUAUCUUCCAUUUUAAAUAAUAAUAUGGUAAGCAUAAAAACUGUAUCAAAUGACGUAACAGAUAAUAUAAAUGUGUUAAGAGCUGAAACGUUGAGUGAAGAGGGUUUACAGGGCCAAAUGGGUGAUGUUCAAAUGGGUGAUGGUCAAAUGGGUGAUGGCCAAAUGGGUGAUGGUCAAAUGGGUGAUGGUCAAAUGGGUGAUGGCCAAAUGGGUGAUGGUCAAAUGGGUGAUGGCCAAAUGGGUGAUGUUCAAAUGGGUGAUGGUGAUAUGUGUGAUGGUGAUAUGUGUGAUGGUGAACAUGUUGUGAAGAAAAAUGAUAAAGAACAGAAUAAAUCACAUAAAAAUUUAAAAGAAAAUAAUAUGGAUGAAUGUACUUAUGAAGAUGAUAAUUGUAUAUAUAUGAAAGAAAAUCAAAAGAAAAAAUUAUUUAUGAAACAAAAUAGAAAGAAAAUAUUUCGUUUAUUUUCAAAUGAUAAUGAAAAAAUAACAACGGCUUUAAAUUAUUUAAAUGAUAAAUUUCAUUGUGUAAAAAAUUAUUUGUCAAAUUUAAAUUUUUCUAGUGCAAAUUCUUUAACAGGUUCUAGUGAUUCAUGCUAUCAAAAUAAUAAAAACAAUAAUAAUAAUGACAACAAUAAUUACAACAAUAAUUACAACAAUAAUUACAACAAUAAUUACAACAAUAAUUACAACAAUAAUUACAAUAAUAAUAAUAAUAAUAAUAACAAUAAGAAGAAUAAGAAGAAAAAUAAUAGUGUGCAAUACGAUUAUUCCAAUUCUAAAUAUUCAAAUGUUAAUAGGAUACAUAGGAAUGAUAAACAACCAUUUGAUAAAAGUUAUUUAAUGAAUAAAGUUAACAGUAAUAAUGUCAAUGUGUUAAAGAUGAAAAGUAAAAAUAAUAGUAGGUUCCCCUUGAUUGAAAAUUUAGAAAAUAAUAUAUCUACAGAAAUUAUGUCUUCUCGAAAUACGUCUAAUGAAAAAAUAUUACAUAAUAAUGUAUCAAAGGAUAAUACAAUAACCGAACCAAUUUUUAAUAAUAAUUCUUCUGAUGAGAGUAAUAUAAAUAAUAUUACAUUUUUUAAUAAUUUAUCAAAUAAUGGUAGCAUAAGAAAAAGAAACAAUAAUAAUAAUAAUAGUAGUAGUAGCAAUAAUAAUAAUAAUAAUAAUAAAAAAAAUAAUUUUAUACAUUCCUAUUAUAUGGAUUAUAAUAAUGAUAAUAUCUAUUGGAAUCAUGUAAAGAAUGGAAAAAGCAAAUAUUUUCUUGACAUUCCAAUUAUGAAAAGAAUAGAAUUUUUGCUAAAGGGAUAUGAACAAGAUUAUGAAAAGUGUUUUGAUGAAUUAAUAAACAAGAAAGAUAUUAAAAAUGUAUCAAAUUGGUGUGCAUAUAUAAACAAUAUAAAUGACAUAUUAGAUACAUUCAUACAAUAUAAUAUUUUAUUUUCCAAAAAAGAAUUUAUUUCAGAACUAGAUUUAUAUGAUAUAUUAUAUAAUAAUAUAAAGGAUAAGAAAAAGCAAUAUGAAAUUAUACACGCAUAUACAUACAACGAUUUAAGUAUAAAGUUUAUAGAAGAAAUAUUAAAAUAUAUAUUAAAUAAUAUAAAUAAUAAUUUAGACUUAGAUAUAAUUUUGGAUAAGUUAAAAAUAUUAUCAGAAUUCAAAGGAAAAAUCUUUAGAAAUAUAAUUGUUUUAUCAAGACAUAUUUUAUUUUUAUUAGAAGGAUUAGAAUUAAUUGAAUAUAUAAAAGUUGCAUUAAAUUAUAAUGAUAAUAAAAAUAUGAAGAAUGGUAAGUUAUCAGAUGAUAUGUUACUUUUGUGUAAUUAUAUGAAAAAGAAUAAUUUAGAUUAUUCAAAAAUGAUAGAAUAUAAAAAUAAUAAAAAUGAUAUAGAAAUUGUAAAUAUGUUUUUAAAAGGUCAUAGUAGUAAUAUACAUAUGUUUGUUCCAUCAUUAAUUAAAUCAAAUAAAAAUUCUAUGUUUUUAGAAUUUUAUUUAAAUAAUUUAUAUAAAUAUUGUAAUAUUAAAUCUAUAUUGGUAACAAAUAAUAUAAUGAAAUUUUCUAUAAAUAAUUCAGAAUAUAAUAAUCUAUUAAUAUGGAAUGAAAAUGAUACUAUUGAUAUAAAUAAAAUUCUUGAGUCAGAUAUGAAAAUAAAUAAUGAUACAUAUUUGAAUACUGUUCAUAUAAUAAAUAUAAAUAAUGAUUUCUGUUUAGAUCCUACUCAUUCGCUUGAAGAAAAUAUAAUAAAUAAGAUUUUACAAAAAUGUAAAAAAUUAUAUAUAUAUAAUUAUGCAAAUAAUAAAUAUGGAGAUAUAUAUGAAUGGAAAAAUGAAGACAUAUCAAAAGGAUUAGUAGGAAAAUAUAGUAAAGAUGGAAGUAUUAAUAAUAUUUUACCUUUUGAAGAAUAUAUAUUUGGUAAUGAAAAAGAAAUAUGGGAAUAUUAUGAAUUAAAAAAUAUUAAUCAAGCGAUAUAUGAAAAAACAAAGAUAUUUUUUGGUAUAUAUAAAAAUAAUAAAAAUGAUAAUAAUAUAUGUAAUAAUGUUAAUAAUAAUUAUACAUCUUUAUUUGGACAUCGUUUAAUACAUUUUAAUAAUAUAAAAAACAUAUUAAAUGAGAAUACUAAUUUUGAGGAACAUAAUUAUCAAGAUGAUAAAUUUAUAUUUAAUAAAGAUAUACAUAAUAUUCUUUUAGAAUUAAAGGAAUCAUUAAAUGAUAUAGCACGUGGAAGACUAAAUACAUUGGUAAGAGAUAAUAAAAUAAGUAGUUAUAUAAUAUAUCAUAUUAUUCUUGAUGAUAUGAUGGAUAUUGAAACAAUAAAAGAGGCAUAUAAGGUGUUCAUGAUUAAAUAUAAUGAAAUGAUAUUAGAAAAUUAUGUCAAUAAUAUAUUUAUAAAAAUAUACCGUACUAAUAAAAAGUCAUGUACUCAAAAUGCACAUCAAAUUCAAUUGGAAAAAAUGUUUAAGCUAAACGUGCUUUUAAAUAAAAAAGAUGUAAAGAAAGAAAGGCUUGAUAAAUAUAAUAUGGAAGAUGAUAAUAAUAAUAAAAAGGAUAAUAAUAAUAAUAAUAAUAAUAAUAAUGAUGAUGAUAACAAAUAUAAUUGUAAUAAUAAUAAUAAUGAUGAUGAUAACAAAUAUAAUUGUAAUAAUAAUAAUAAUAAUAAUGAUAACAAAUAUAAUUGUAAUAAUAAUUAUUAUUAUCAUAAUUCCCAUUUUGUUGAAGAGAUUAACCAAUUUCCUUCUUUCCAAAUUGAUACCUUAUAUAUGAAGAGAAAACGCGCUAGAGAAGUAGACACAUUAUAUGCCUAUGAUUUUAUUAAUCUUAUAAAUAUAUCAUUAAACAGAUCCAAUAAAAACAGAGAAAGUCAUAAUAUAGGUAAUUAUAUUAAUAGUAUUAAGGAGUUUAAACUAAAAAGUGAUCUGAUUUGUUCUAAUAGUAAUAGUGAUAAUUUAAAGAAUCAUGCAAUGAAUAUUAUAAAAAGUACACAUAUUCCUUUGGAAAAAAAACAAGAAUACCUAUUUGAACAUUUUGACAAUUUAAGUAAUUAUGAAAUAAAAAUAAGGAAGUCUUUAUUCUUGUCUGAUGAACUAGAUAUAGGACAAAACAAAAGGAGUGUGGUUGGUUUGUUGUUAAACAUAAGAACCGAUGAAUAUGAAGAAGGGAGAGAUGUAAUAUUCAUUAUUAAUGAUAUAAGUACACAAGGUGGAUCAUUUAGUAUAUUUGAAGAUGAGCUAUUUUAUGGUGUUUCUAGUUAUGCAAGAGAAAAGAAAAUUCCACGUAUAUAUAUAUCAUGUAAUUCUGGAGCUCGUAUAGGAUUAUAUAAUUUUUUAAAGGAUAAAAUAAGAAUUGAAUGGAAAGACGAACAGAAAAAAGAAUUAGGUUAUAAAUAUAUAUAUAUAACACAAGAUGUAAAAGAACAAAUAGAUAAAGAAGAUAUUAUAUUUUUAACUGAAAUUAUAGAAAAUAAUGAAAAAAGAUAUAUUAUUGAUGCUAUUGUUGGGAAUUUAAAAAAUCCAGUAGGUGUAGAGAAUCUCAGAGGAAGUGGAUUAAUAGCAGGAGAAACUUCAAAAGCAUAUGAAGAAAUUUUUACAUUAUCUUAUGUUACUGGUCGCAGUGUUGGUAUUGGAGCUUAUUUAGUUAGACUUGGUAAAAGGACAAUUCAAAAAAAAGGAUCUUCCCUUUUGCUUACAGGUUUUAAUGCUCUGAAUAAAAUAUUAGGUGAAAAUGUAUAUGUAAGUAAUGAACAGUUAGGUGGCGUUAAUAUUAUGAUGAGAAAUGGUAUAUCUCAAGUUCAGGUUGAAAGUGAUCAAGAAGGUAUGGAUAAAAUUAUACAAUGGUUAUCUUAUGUUCCCAGAACUAGUAAUGAUUAUUAUGAUUUAAUACAAAAUAUAUAUAAAGAAAAAAAUAGAAAUAUUCUACAAAAUAAUAACUUUUUAAUAACAAAUAAGCAAAAGAGUAUGAAUAAAUAUAACAACCUUUUUAUACAUAAUAAUGAAAAUGUAAGUAAUGGUGUCGAUAUAAAGGAUAACAUAAGGAACCAGAUAGAUACAAAUAUAAAUACGGAAACUAAUAUUAAUGUGCAAAAUUUAAAUAUUAUAAAAAAAAAUGGGAUUAAUACAAAAUCAAAACAAGAUGAAAAUGUGUAUGAAAAGAAAGAUGAAGUAGAAGAAAUAUAUAAAGAUCAAAACACAUAUAGUACAAAUAAUAGCAAGGCCCUUAAACCAAUUGAUAAUUCUAGGAGUUCAUACAAUUUUGAACUUUUACGUAUAAAUGAUAUGGAUUACGAUUAUAUAGAUGAUUCUAAUAUUAUUGAUUUGAUCAAAGGUAAUCAAGAAGAACAAGGUUUCUUAGAUAAAAAUACCUAUUUUGAAUAUAUGAAUGAAUGGGGAAAAGGUAUUAUAACUGGUAGAGGAAAAUUAGGUUCUAUACCUGUUGGAUUUAUUGCUGUUAAUAAAAAUUUAGUUACGCAAUCUAUUCCAUGUGAUCCAGCAUUAAAAACAAAUGCUCAAAAAUUAAUACAAGCUCCAUGUGUUUUUUUUCCUGAUAAUUCUUUUAAAACAGCACAAUCAAUUGAAGAUUUUAAUAAGGAGAAUUUGCCUUUAUUUAUUUUUGCAAAUUGGAGAGGAUUUUCAGGUGGAUCUAUGGAUAUGUUUUAUGGUAUCUUAAAAUUUGGAUCUAUGAUUGUAAAUCAGCUAGUUAAUUAUAAACACCCCGUAUUUGUAUAUAUACCUAUAUCUGCUGAAUUGAGAGGUGGAUCAUGGGUAGUUGUCGAUGAAACCUUGAAUAGCAAAAUUAUAGAAAUGUAUGCCGAUGUCAAUAGUAAAGGGGGAAUAUUAGAACCACCAGGAAUUGUUGAAGUUAAGUUUAGAUAUCCUGAUAUUCGAAAAUUAAUGCACAGUACUGAUACUACCAUAAUAGCUUUGGAUGAAAAAAUGGCUAGAUGUGAAAAUGAUGAAGAGAAGAACAAUAUAAAGAAAGAUAUAGAAAUUAAGGAAAAAGAGUUGUUGCCAUAUUAUUUACAAGUGUGUCAUAAAUAUGCAGAUUUACAUGACAUGUCUGCAUGUAUGAAAGCAAAGGGUGUAAUUCGAAAAAUUGUCCCAUGGAAUAAGGCACGUUCGUUUUUUUAUUAUCGUCUAAUGAGGAGAUUAUUAAUUAACAUAUUGAGUCGAAAGUAUGACAACGCUUUAAUCAAAAAUGAAGAGAUAGAAAAUAUUUUAAAUGACCUUAAUAAUUCAGAAGAUGAUGAUUAUAUUGUAUGCAAUAGAGUUUUUAAUAAUAAUAUUUUACGAAAUUUAAAAUACGAUACCAAGGAUAUAAUAUAUAACAAAACAUUAAAUGACUUUUUAAAAAUUUUUAAAAUGCUAUCACAGGAAGAAAGGACAGAAUUUCUAAAUAAAAUAAAUUCUUAUGAAAAUUAA